GCAGUCAGGGCAGAGCACGUCCAAGAUUUAAUCCAACGUAGUUAAAUAAAAUAGAUCUGUAUUAGAAGAUAGUUUUGUUAUAUGAAAACGGUAUUGUGAUUAUAGCACUGUAUCUCUGGGUUUAGUGCUGACAGUAUAUGUUAUGCAACCACAAAUUGCAAAAACAAAAGAAAAUCCGCCUAAAAUGAGCGUCUACGUGCUUAUAUCACGUCAAAAAGGGGCUUGUGGAUACGUAUAUGACUCACUUUGGAGAUAGAGGCCCGGGUGGGGAAGUGAAAGGUUAAAAACAACAAUGGGGGAAGUUUGUCAAGAGGUGAACUCUAAGUCAUGGCUUUCUGUCAUUUGGCGAGUCUGCAACUUUUGCAUGUCUUUAUUCUUCGCUCUUGCAACAUAUGUACAGAUCAAUGAUCCAGACGCAGGGUUAUGGAUGGUUGGUUAUGGUGUUCCUGCAGUCCUGUGUGCAUUUAUUGGCUUGACACCCCAUUUGACAGAGACUUUGCCCUGGAGGCGUGUUGCUAAUCUCCAUAUGAUGGUUUCCAGCGCUAUUGUUGCCAUGUUGGGAUGGAGACUUUACAAAGAGCAAAUCACCGAGAUCUUCCAAGAGGAGCAGGGCAGAGAAUUUUCUGGUCUCAUGUUGACCAUUGUUUGGCUUCUCAUGUGUCGCCACUCUGGAAGGGCUCCAGUUGGGAUGCUCAGAGUCUCAACAGCUGUUGCCAUCACAGUCUUCCCCUUUGUGGCCUGGCUUUACUACUACAUCAAUAAGGAGCUGACAUCAAACUGGCCUUCACAUUGUAAAACUGCCAUUUAGACACCAACUUCUUACUGUUUUGUCUGAUUAAAUAUUCCUUUUGUUAUGUUCUUUGACUGAAAAUCCUGAACCAAGAAUGCUGCUCAAGUGAAAUAUUUUGUAGUAUCAUUAAAUACAAACAUAUGACAGCUAAGGUGCAUUUUGUAUCACUUAAAACUUGUAUUUUUCAUCCAAUGUUUACCUACAAACUGUGCUGCAUCAGUAUAACAAACUUUGUCUUUCUCUUGAAAGUUUAAUCUAGUUUAAUUUAAAUUUAGAUUUUUUUUCUUCAGUCAAAUGAAG